AUGAGCACUCCUGCUGGGAAGCAGAUCGUCCAGUAUGGCCUCACCGAAGUCUACUGCGCAACCGAUCCAGUGGUCGACAUCGUGUUCGUGCACGGGUUGAAUGGCCACCCUCACGACACAUGGUCGACGAAAAAGCCCAACGUCUUCUGGCCAGCAGACCUUCUUCCUGCGGCUCUCGAAGAGCAGAGACCACGAAUCCUGACCUACGGCUACGAUGCGAAUGUCACAGCGUUCACGGAUGGGGUUUCAAAGGACAAGAUACAUAACCAUGCAGAGCAUCUCGCCAGUCGAUUGGUUGCUAAUAGGUCGCUGAGAAAAGCUUUCGAGCGCCCGAUCAUCUUCGUCGCCCAUUCCCUCGGGGGUCUCGUCGUCAAACGAUGUCUGAUCUACUGCCAAAGCAUACGACCCCACCAACAUACGGAAAGGCUAAGGUCGAUCUACGUUUCCACCUACGGCAUCCUCUUCCUUGGUACUCCGCACAAUGGCUCUGACCUGGCGAAAUGGGGUUCCUUGCUCGAAAAGAUCUGUGCUGUGGCACUUCCGAAGAAGUUCUUCGAUACCUCUCCCCAGCUGGUACAAGCAUUGCAGUCCAACAACGAAACUCUUCAGAAUAUCAAUAGGCUCUUCAUCGAGGUCAUUGGACGUUAUCACAUUUAUUUCUUCCAUGAGUCGAAACCAACAGAUUUGAAAGGUACCUUGGCCUUUGUAGUAGAAGAGGACUCUGCGGCCCCAGUCAUUGAAGGCGUCGAGCGGAUGGGCAUUGAAAAGGAUCACAGCCAUAUGUGCAAGUUUGAGGACGAGUCCAGCCCGGGAUACGACGUGGUGGCAGAAGCCAUUCAAAGAUAUGCCACCGAUGCACAAUCACUCAUCCGCUCUCGCUGGGAUCAAGAGAAACAGAUGGCCGGUUUCGAAAGGCAAGUGGCUGCGAGAGAAUUGCUGGGAGAUAGCAUAUUUCAGCCAAACGCAGGCAUUUCGGGCACAGCAACUCCAAUACCGGGAGCCCAACAAACGGUCCAGUCCAACCCGAUGGGAGAUUCCGCGAGCUCAAUACGAAAGAUCGACCAAUCUGUAUCACUAUCGUCUUCCUCCCUUGUUGUCGGCCCUGUGGGCUUCCGUCGCAAUUCCAUCUUCCUCGGUUUCCAACUAGAGAUGGACCAGCUAGCACAAAAGCUUGCGAAUCCGAAAAGACGAGCACUGGGAACAUGCGCAGUGUUGUUGUGGGGCCCACCGGGUUGUGGGAAGAGUCAGAUCGCUCGUGAACAUUUAUGGCGGCAUCGUAACGAUUAUCCGGCUGGUUGCUUCUGGGUCGACUGCAAAACGGAAGAAUCAAGGUCAAAGGGCUUCUGGGAAAUCGCCCAGGCUGUCGCGAUAUACGGGGACGAGCCACCUCGGGACCCUGCAUGGGACGAGUCGUCAAAGUUUGUGGGUGCAGUGCGGAAAUGGUUCGAAGCACGGGAGGGAUGGCUCCUUGUGUUUGAUGGAAUUGCGACAGACAAUGACGAUGAUAUCGGGGCCCUCGCUUCUUUCGUACCGGAUCGCACGGGAGGCAACAUCAUCUACACAUCCGUCGACCGCACAUUGGCCAAGCGCCAGAGACUACUCAAUCCUGCUGGUGUCAAGGUCUUCCCAUUGUCACAGCAUGAUGCGUGUGCCUUGUUGUACAAGAACCUCGAUAUCAGAUCGCCAACUGAGACUCAGGCCAAGAAAGCAUUGCAGUUGGUCAAACACUACGAAUGCCUGCCACUGGCUGUUCAUGCUGCAGCACAUGCCUUGAUCGCCCGUGGGUUAUCUUUGGAGAAGUUCAGUCCUGGAACUUCAGAUCAUCGUCUUGCAGAGCCAUAUCUCGACAUCCUCGGAGCAUUAAGAGAACAUUCACAUCCUGAAGCUGUGAACCUUGUCACAGUGCUUAGUUUCUUUGCGCACGUUAUCCCAGUCGCCCUUAUUCGCUUUGGGCAGCCAGCAUUGCAGGAGUUUGGCAUCGAGAUUCGCUCAAUCGAAAGUAUCGGAAGCAUGAAGAAGGAGUUGGACAACACCAUCGCUGUUCUAAUCAGAUACGGGCUCGUCGAGCGAACUCUGCUCGAAUACACUGUCACUUCAUCGAACAAGGGUUCCUCAACAGAGACCGGGCCCCGAAGAGCUGCGACUAUCAGCACCGUGGAGUCGGAUCGGCGUGAACCACAACUGCUCCUGCAUGACUCCAGCAGCCUGGAACAUAUGGUUGGGGUUCAUCCAGACAGCCGAUUAGAUGAAUCCUCUUCCCAGUCAGUCACCUACAGCAUCGACAUACUCCGCAUACACACCGUUGUGCAAAGCGUCUUCCGAGACGAGCUGAGGUUCCGAUAUGCGGAUCAACCAGCACAAUAUUGGGGUUGGCUUUGUGUUGCCACAAAAAUCCUAACUCACUCUUAUGCAGUCGCAAAAGGCAAGAUCAAGAGCACUGAAGGGAGAGGACUCGUCCGCGACUAUCGCGAAUACGAGACCCAAGCUGCGCGGUUGUGGUCACACUUCCCCAAAUCUUCAGCCGAUGCAUCUCCAGUCCUGCGCAAAACACGCCACAACCUACAUGAAACAAUUCGAGCAAUCAAGCAAGAGAUCAAAAGCCAAUCACCUUCUCAGUCCAUCGAUACCCUCAACCACCAAGUCCAGUUUUCUGUUUUUGAGCGAGCAGAUAGCACGUCCUCGGAUAGCCCUACAACUACGAGCAGUGGCUUGACGCGGACGUCUACGUGGACUCCAGAACACGCCGACAAUCAGACAGAGUCACCUACUGAGAUGCAUCUCGGCGUCGACAUCGAUGAUGUUUGUUCCGAGGAGAGUUGGACGGAGCGUUGGUCGCAAUCUGGAAUGGGCAACUCCAGAGUGCUUGUUCCUGGCACGGUUGCAAGUCGACGUCCGAGCAAUUCCGAGGUAUCCACAACUGGACCGUCUGAAGUCAGCCUUAAUACUGCUCGUCGAUCAUCGGUACUCCAUGCAUUGUUCCAGGGACACCCCUCACAGGCCAAGAAGCCUAAGGAUCUUGGGGAGUGGAAAGCCAUAGCUGUACCGCCUUCGCUAUCCCAGGAACAGGCACAAGCCCGAUCGCGAGCCUCAUCUGUUACAAGUGGGAGCGACGAUCGGACGACAAGACCAACAUCGACUGGUUCCGAAGCUUCUGGUGCUCUUGCCGCAAUACACCGAGCCAGUCCCCCUCCUUUGAGAGGGGGAAGGAUCAAGUCGCCAACUCGUUCGCAGCGCGGCAAGCCGGCAUCAGAAGAGAAUCGUCAACCGCUUUCAGUCAAAUCCCCCAAUCAAAAACUAUCGCCCUUAGCCGCAGAGUUCCAGCCUGUGCAAUCUUUGCCCACUGACGCAGAGAUUCCUCGGAGGCACAGUCGUCAUCCCUCAUCAUCGCCUCGGCUGAUACAAACUGCUUUGAACAACCAGGCAGCAACGAGGACAAUUCCAAUCAUCCCGGCUGACGAGAACCAGUCUUCCCCAGCCGCCGACUUCUACUCUAGAUCAGUCCCCAUCAUAAUAAGACCUGUCCCUUCUGGAUACACCUCGCAGCCCAUGUCACGCGACUCAUCUCGAGAAUCCAACGUAUCACUUGCGACAGCUCCUCCAGCAGUACCUGGGUCGGCGUCGUUGGGCACGUCUCCCCAGAUACGGGAGCCUUACCUCUACAGCAGACCUGGCCUAGCGUCGAUUGAUGUGGUAGCGGCCAAUUCAUGGGAGGACGCGCUGGCUGGCAUUGGUGAGCUUGCCACCAUUUCUCCGCCUGCAUCAGGUAUAGCUCUUGAUGAAGGAGAUAUCUUUGAAAGAUAUCAUGAAAGAUUUGGAAGCAGUGUUCAAUUCGGGAAUAUGUCACCAGUGGAGCUUGAUCAGGCACGAGCUCGAGUAUCUCUUGCUCGGGAACACAGUGCCGAUGGCAGGGUUGGAAGAGCAGAGCGACAGGGUAGACAUUGA